AUGGGGUUCAGGGAAGUGGUUUUAUUUGAGUUUGUCCUCCUCUUUUCAGCUGCUGCUGCACAAAACUCUCUCAGCUUAAACUCUAAUGAAACUCUGAACCCACAAGAACGAGAGAAAUCAGCCUCACAGCUGCCGAGGUCUCUGCAGACGACAGGUCAUCAGUCAAACCGGACCAAGCACAGCGGUCCAGUCCGCUCUCCUGUCAGCUAUCGGCUCAAGGUCCACGAGAUCUGGAACCCGGCUGUGAGGAAACACAAACCGGUCCAGAAUUUGGUGGAGCAAGGUUUUGAAAACCUGCAGAGGUGGGAGGCCAGAGGGCCGACCUGGGAGCAGCUGGAGGAGUGGGAAAACAUCCAUGUGAAGAAGUUUCUGACAUUGAUUCAAGGCCCUGAUCUCAACCCGCCUGUCAAAGAGAGAACAAAGGUACAUCAAAAACCCUGAGUUUCUUCCUUUUUUACUUUUAAAGUUGAGUUUGAUGGACUUAAACUGAUACUUUGGUGCAGGUGGAGUUCAAGCAGCGGGUUCAUGUGCCUGCUGACAGUGUGACAGUGCGAUGUGGUGAAGACAAGGUCACCGUAGAGGCCAAACAGAACUUCUUGGGUAAUAUCCGUCUGUUUGAAUCCAAUGAUUGCGGAGUUUUGUUUACAUUGGGAGUACUGUUAUUAUUGGCACUAAGGUGGUUUUGGCAUGUAUACACCUGCAGCAGAGUGAUAAAUAAAUACUGUUCUACUCUAUCAGCACUCAUUGGAUGCCCCUCGUCCAAUCAGAUUACUUGCUUUGGGCUAACAGCUUUUUGUUCUUGUGUCUUUAAAAGUACAAGCUCAGGUUAGAGGUCUAAAUUGGACAGUAAUGGUUCAGUGAGGAUGAGACUCUCUGUGCUGAUUACAGCAAACAGCACAGCAUUCAAUAUUCUGUUUCCCUUUAUUUCCUCACUCUAAGAACAAGUGUUCUUUCUCUUUAGAGCUCAAAUGCUGACUUUGCAGAGGGGGAACCUUGUCCCACACCAGAGUGUUAUUGACAGGAGCUGAAAAAGAAACAGCCUCUCUGUAAUGGUCUUGAUUCAAACUGCUUCUUUGUCCUCAGGUAACGGUCAGUUCAUCCGUCCAGGCGAUCUGACAUUAGGGGGCUGUGCUGCAGCCGACUCUGGCGGCCACGUCUUGAAGUUUCAGACUGAGCUGCACGGCUGCGGCAGCAUGAUGACGGUUAGUCUUCAACUUCCUGAAAGGGAGCUUUGCAUAAUAAGACAAAUAUUUACCCAGUGAGCAUUUUUUGGUCUAAAAGAGGUCUAAUAGACGUCUAAAUGUAGCCUAGACGACUGGUCUAAAAUCAGGCUACCACAGGUCUAAAUUGAAAGUUUCCUAAGACGUCUAAAGUUAGACCAAGUUCAGACCAAAUCUAAAUCUGGGCUAUAACUAUACUACACUUUAAAUUGCUCAACGGCUAUCAUUAUUAUUUUGGUUAAGUACUUGGAGAUGAGUUAUGCAACUCACAGUUGCUUUUUGAAAUAAAUAGUUAUCGAAUAAUGGGUUAAAGUGAAACGUCUAAAUUCCGUCUAAAAAUACACAGAAUCUGGACGGAUGAAAUUAGGUCUUAAAAAAACUAGGCGUCUAAUAGCCAUUUAUUGCUCAGUGGGUGAAUGUAUGCUGUAUUAUCAAGAGGACAAUAAUGCCAACUAAAAAAAUGUCAGUCACAUCACUGGCUUGUGUUAUUAAAACAUGUGGAGCCAUAGAUUUUGCAUAAUAUCAGGUUGUGUUGGAGCAAACAGACUGGCUUUAUAUCUGUCCCUCGCCCCUCUGACUAUUCUUAUUUCAAUCCACACAGAACGUAGUUGUCAUCUUCAUUUGCUUUGCCCUUGUGCUAUUAGAAAAAGCUCAAAAGAAGUCACUCGUGAGCAUAAUAACAGUUUUGUGAUUUCCUUAGAUGACUGAAGACGCCCUCAUCUACUCCUUCUCUCUGAUCUACUCUCCGACACCCAUAGACAACACCUUCAUUUUAAGAAGCAACCAUGCAGAGGUGGUGAUUCAGUGUCACUACCUUAGGUGAGGCUUUGGAUAAUACUGAUCAAUAUUACUCUGGUUUUUGCAUGUGAUGGCGACAAAUGGAUGCAUGGAGUUUGAGUAUAUCUACUGUAGGAGGCUCCACAUGUCAGUGUAGAGAGUUAUUUAGCAAAAAUAAUGAGUGAGAAACACGCUCUUCUGAGUACAUCUCACUUAAAAAUACACAUCCUUUCUGUGACUGUCCUCACAGGAGACAUUACGUGAGCAGCGACGUCCUGAGGCCUACCUGGACAACAUUCGCCUCCAACACGUUGGCGGAACAGCGGCUGCACUUCUCCCUGCGCCUCAUGACAGGUGGGCGAAGACGCGUCAAAAAACAACAAAACUUCAGCUGAUUUGCAGCAGAAGGUUGUGGCUAAUUUCCCAAGCGAUGGCGGCUAAUUGCAAUCACACGGAGGCCUUGCGGAGUUUCUCUGCGACUGUUUAAGAUGCUAAACAGAAAGUUUUUGAUGCAUGGUGAUGAGCUGAAAUUACAGGCCUCACAGGCUGCAUCCAACCUGAUAAUGUGAUCAAUAAACUGUUGAUUAUGUUUUCUAAUUAAUCCAAGCUUCAUGCUGCACAAAACUUUUGUUAGCAUCAUUUUGGAAAGGAAGUAAUGAAAGUUUGGAGCUACUUUUCAGGCAUCUGUUUCCUAUCCAGGUUAAUAAUGAUGCUGCAUCUGUAAUUCAUUUAUUGCUCCUUUUUUGAAGCACUUUUCUCUUAUUCCUCCAGUACCUAUUUCCUAUUCACAGCCCCACUCUCCCUCACAGGCAUCAUUUAAGCUUCAUCUAAUCAGAUCGAUGGCCCCAGCAUUAUUUUUCCACUUCUUCUGUAUUCGAUUAGAGGACUGGCAGACGCAGAGGGCUUCCAGUGUUUACUUCCUGAGUGACGUGAUGCACAUCGAAGCAGCGGUCAUGCAGGGCCACCACAUACCAUUGAGGGUGUAUGUGGACAGCUGCGUCGCCGGCGUGACUCCUGACCUUGACUCUGAACUUAUUUACCCCUUCAUCAGUAACCACGGGUGAGAAAACGCCAAAUAAACGUGACUUAAACCAGAAUAUAAACAUUUUAAGAGGUUGUGUUUGUGUUGAAGAGUCAGCCAGUCAUAAUACUUAAGAUUAAAGUUUGAAAUGUGCAGCUCUGCACCUUUUUUAAGAGCAUUUAUUGUCCCGUGAAGAGCAGGAAUAUGUUUAUAAGUCUGAAUCCUGCGUCUGUAUUUUACCUUUUAAGGUGUUUAAGUGAUGCUAAGCUGACAGGAGCCAAGUCUUACUUCAUGCAGCGGAGCCAGGAGGAUAAACUUCACUUCCAGCUGAAAGCCUUCAAGUUCCACCAAGAUCAGAGAAAUUCAGUAAGUACAGAAAGUAUAAGAGAGGUGUUUACACACUUUCAAACAACUCGUCGUGUCUUAUGACGUCAGACUUUAAAUCUCAGGCUGCUUUUGGCUUGAUUCACGCCAGUUUGGGUGCUACUUUGACCUUUUUUAGUGGCUCUAUUGGCUCAUAAUGAACACUUUAGUAAGUGUUAUUCAGAGGCUGUAAUCCUCUCAGUUACUCUGCAGCAAACACUUUCCAAUGUGAGGAAAUGAACGUCCUCUCAGGUGGCGUCUAAACUAAAUAACUUUAAUAUCCGCUGUUCGUGAAGUCAGAGCAGAGCUGCGCCAUAAAUAUGAGCCAAUGUGAACUUAUAAAUAACUCCUGCAAUCUUAAGUUUUGGAUGAAUUCUUCAAAUGAAAUUAGCAGUGAUGAUUCCGCCAAACAGGAAAGCCAACUUUCAAGUACAACAGGCUGUUUUGAGAGAUUUUAUCAAGGUUUGGAACCAAAUAUGGAAGAGUACGAUGGCCCUGGAUAUAGAAGGAAGUUUAGGAAGAUUUCUUAAUUUGCAUUGAAGAAUAAAGAUGGAAUGAAGAGGAUAAUUCAGUGCCAAGUAAAAAAGAAAAUCAGUGAGAGGAGGGAAAAGGUUUUUUUUUUAACACUUAAGAUCGCUGUGAGGAAAGUUUCUCAUUUUGGGGUGAAUUUUUGGUGUAUUUUUAGGUAUGUAAGAACCUUUAGUUGGUAAAGAUGCAGUUUGGGCAGUGUAAGUAAUCUAUGAUUAAUGGAGUUUAUAUGUUUCUUCACUUUCUCACAGCUCUACAUCACUUGUCAUCUCAAAGCAACAUCUGUCUCUGUCCCUGUGAACUCACAGCACAAAGCCUGUUCAUACCUGACUGAAGCAAAAAGGUCGGAUUAUUCAUAAAAAGAUGAAGUUCAGAUUAAUGUCUCUCAUGUUACUGUCCGAUCAAUCCUGCAGGCACUCAAUGGUAUUUCUCUUUCAAACAAUUUUUCGUGUAUCUCUAAUGUUAUGACAAGACUCGUACAGUGUCUGAUACCUGUUUUCUGUGGCUGUGGGUGGAGACAGAUGGGUGGCAUCAGGUGGAGACAAUAAUGUGUGUGACUGCUGUGAGAGCAGCUGCAGCCUGCAGAGACAGAGGAGAAGUCCUGCAGCAAAUGCAGGUACAGUUAAUAGACGCAACACCCUAUUACACAUCGGGAUGCACACUAAACACUUGUGGUCCAGUAAUCAAAAUCAAAAUCAAAAUGUAUUGAUAGUUUUCAUGUUGGUGUAGAAGCUACAAACUUAGUUAAACCAGCGUUUGUGCUUUACUUUGCCUAAGUAUGCUUUCUGCAUCUUUAGCAGACUGAUUUUUUUUGUGUGUGUCCCUUUUAACAAUGUUUUCAAUCAGGACUAUGCAUCAGCUGGCUAAACUCACUGAUUGGUUUGCGUUUUUUUGCAGGGCGUGAUGUAGAACCGGAGUGGGAAGGCAUAGCUGCUCUGGGUCCCAUCCUGCUGAAGGAGAAAGUCCUGCAGGUGGCGCUUCUUCCUGAGCCAGCUCCACAGGGAGUAACUCCAAAUGGUAACAUGGGAUCCCCCUCUUUUUUUUUCACCUAAGGCUAUGAUCAUACUGCAGGUUAUGACGCAUAAUUCAGAUUUUUUGUUAAAUCCGAUCUUUUUGUGCGGUCGUUCACAUUACAACAACGAAUGGGGCAUCUAAUAUGAACGGAAUGCGUCCGUGGAGUGACCCACAUGCGCACAAAGCACGAAUUGCUUUCCGCGCCUGUUCGUGUUGUCAAACAAUGGUGACGUUUGUCGUAUAUUGAUGACGUAUAGGUCGGAUGAACGCGACCAGGGGCCUAUUCUACGAAGCAAGUCCGACGCCAGCAGUCACAUCAGAUACCUGAUGUGAAAAAUUUUGAAAAUUGAUUUGAAAAAAUCAGAAUUGCACUGUUCACACUUACAUGAAAAAAUCUGAUAUGUGUCACAUAUGGUUAAAAAAAUCGUGAUUGACCUGCAGUGUGAACAUAGCCUAAUUUUCUGCCUUCAUCUCCUUAUCGCUGCUUCAGCUUGAAACUUUGUAAUUCACUUUGUGUUGACUUUGGUGCCCCCUUGAGGACAAAGUGAUACCUCAUAUCUUAAAAAAACGCUCCUGCUUUCUCUUAACAGUCAAAAAUAAAACUUUCAUACAUCUUUGCAUGAUUUUAAACAGCUGCAUUUGAGUUUUGUCUGCCUGUCCGACACUGGUUCUGCAGCAUCAUUUCCAGGAACUGCAAAAUUAUAUCAAACUGAUAGUCAUGUUUGCUUUUCUGCUCCAUAAAGAUCCAUUAAUUUCAGUCUGUUCAUGACUACUCAAACACUCUUCACUGGAGCUUUUAAAUACUGCAGCUAAUGUCAGCGAUGUUUUAUCCUCUCUCCUCAGCCUCCUCUUCCUCUCUCGCUCUGAUGUGUGGAGUAGGUGCAGCACUGACUGCGGUGUUGCUGUUUUUUAUGGGUGCUGUCAUUUACAGCAGGUUGCAAAAACCCACUGGGCAUGCUGUUUGUACCUGA